AUGGGUGUCGGCCAGAGGAAGCUGACCCCACUCUGGACCCUGGCUCUUGCUCUGGCCUGCACCCGGCACACAGGCCAUGCCCAGGACGGCUCCUCCGAAUCCAGCUACGAGCACCACCCUGCCGUCUCUCCCAUCGCCCAGGGGCCUGGUGGGGUCCCGCCCCGUGGGGUGACUCUCUUCCCGCCUCUGAGGACCAUCCCCGUGGUACGAGCCUCCAACCCGGCACACAACGGGCGGGUGUGCAGCACCUGGGGCAACUUCCACUACAAGACCUUCGACGGCGACGUCUUCCGCUUCCCCGGCCUCUGCAACUACGUGUUCUCCGAGCACUGCGGCGCUGCCUACGAGGACUUCAACGUCCAGCUGCGCCGCAGCCAGGAGUCAGCAGCCCCCACGCUGAGCAGGGUCCUCAUGAAGGUGGAUGGCGUGGUCAUCCAGCUGACCAAGGGCUCCGUCCUGGUCAACGGCCACCCGGUCCUGCUGCCCUUCAGCCAGUCUGGGGUCUUCAUUCAGCAGAGCAGCAGCUACACCAAGGUGGAGGCCAGACUGGGCCUUGUCCUCAUGUGGAACCACGAUGACAGCCUGCUGCUGGAGUUGGACGCCAAAUAUGCCAACAAGACCUGUGGGCUCUGUGGAGACUUCAACGGGAUGCCCGUGGUCAGCGAGUUCCUCUCCCACAACAUCAAGCUGACUCCCAUGGAGUUUGGGAACCUGCAGAAGAUGGAUGACCCCACGGAGCAGUGUGAGGACCCUGUCCCUGAACCCCCGAGGAACUGCUCCACUGGAUCUGGCAUCUGCGAGGAGCUCCUAAAUGGUCAGCUGUUCUCCAGCUGUGUGGCCCUGGUGGACGUCGGCAGCUACCUGGAGGCCUGCAGGCAAGACCUCUGCUUCUGCGGAGGCACCGACCUGCUCAGCUGCGUCUGCCACACCCUCGCGGAGUACUCCCGGCAGUGCGCCCACGCCGGGGGGCUGCCCCAGGACUGGCGGGGCCCUGACCUCUGCCCCCAGAUGUGCCCCAGCAACAUGCAGUACCACGAGUGCCGCUCCCCCUGCACAGACACCUGCUCCAACCAGGAGCACUCCCGGGCCUGCGAGGACCACUGUGUGGCUGGCUGCUUUUGCCCUGAGGGGACGGUGCUCGAUGACAUCGGCCAGACCGGCUGUGUCCCUGCGUCACAGUGUGCCUGCGUCUACAACGGCACUGCCUAUGCCCCGGGGGCCACCUACUCCACAGACUGCACCAACUGCACCUGCUCCGGAGGCCGGUGGAGCUGCCAGGAGGUUCCAUGCCCGGGUACCUGCUCCGUGCUUGGAGGUGCCCACUUCUCGACGUUUGACGAGAGGCACUACACGGUGCACGGGGACUGUGGCUAUGUGUUGACCAAGCCCUGUGACAGCAGUGCCUUCACUGUACUGGCUGAGCUGCGCAGGUGUGGGCUGACGGACAGCGAGACCUGCCUGAAGAGCGUGACACUGAGCCUGGACGGGGCGCAGACGGUGGUGGUGAUCAAGGCCAGCGGGGAAGUGUUCCUGAACCAGAUCUACACCCAGCUGCCCAUCUCUGCAGCCAACGUCACCAUCUUCAGACCUUCGACCUUCUUCAUCAUCGCCCAGACCAGCCUGGGCCUGCAGCUGGACCUGCAGUUGGUACCCACCAUGCAACUGUUCGUGCGGCUGGCGCCCAAGCUCCGAGGGCAGACCUGCGGUCUCUGUGGGAACUUCAACAGCAUCCAGGCUGAUGACUUCCGGACCCUCAGUGGGGUGGUGGAGGCCACGGCCGCGGCCUUCUUCAACACCUUCAAGACCCAGGCCGCCUGUCCCAACAUCAGGAACAGCUUCGAAGACCCCUGCUCCCUGAGUGUGGAGAACGAGAAGUAUGCUCAGCACUGGUGCUCGCAGCUGACCGAUGCCAAUGGCCCCUUCAGCCGGUGCCACGCUGCCGUGAAGCCGGACACCUACUACUCGAACUGCAUGUUUGACACCUGCAACUGUGAGCGGAGCGAGGACUGCCUGUGCGCCGUGCUGUCCUCCUAUGUGCAUGCCUGUGCUGCCAAGGGUGUGCAGCUCAGUGGCUGGAGGAACGGCGUCUGCACGAAGCCUAUGACCACUUGCCCCAAGUCAAUGACCUACCACUACAAUGUCAGCACCUGCCAGCCCACCUGCCGCUCUCUGAGUGAGGGGGACAUCACCUGCAGUGUUGGCUUUAUCCCGGUGGAUGGCUGCAUCUGUCCCGAGGGCACCUUCCUGGACGACACGGGCAAGUGUGUGCAGGCCAGCAACUGUCCCUGCUAUCACAGGGGCUCCGUGAUCCCCAAUGGGGAGUCGGUGCACGACAGUGGGGCUGUCUGCACCUGCACACAUGGGAAGCUGAGCUGCAUCGGAGGCCAAGCCCCCACCCCAGUGUGUGCUGCGCCCAUGGUGUUCUUCGACUGCCACAAUGCCACGCCUGGGGACACGGGGGCCGGCUGUCAGAAGAGCUGCCACACCCUGGACAUGACCUGUUAUAGCCCCCAGUGUGUGCCUGGCUGCGUGUGCCCCGAUGGGCUGGUGGCAGACGGCGAGGGCAACUGCAUCACUGUGGAGGACUGCCCCUGCGUGCACAACGAGGCCAGCUACCGGGCCGGCCAGACCAUCCGGGUUGGCUGCAAUACCUGCACUUGUGACAGCAGGAUGUGGCGGUGUACAGAUGACCCCUGCCUGGCCACCUGUGCUGUGUACGGGGAUGGCCACUACCUCACCUUCGAUGGGCAGAGCUACAGCUUCAACGGAGACUGCGAGUACAUGCUGGUGCAGAACCACUGUGGUGGGAAAGGCAGCGCGCAGGACUCCUUCCGUGUCGUCACUGAGAACGUCCCCUGCGGCACCACGGGGACCACCUGCUCCAAGGCCAUCAAGAUCUUCCUGGGGGUGAGUGAGGCCGGGCGGUUGCAUGCCCUCCGGGAGGCUCCCCUGGCACUGCCUGGCCAGCAACCCCUUGCCAUGCAGGACUCCGAGCUGAAGCUGAGCCACGGGAAGGUGGAGGUGACUGGGACGAACGAGAGCCAGGAGGUGCCAUACACCAUCCGGCAGAUGGGCAUCUACCUGGUGGUGGACACCAACAUCGGCCUGGUUCUGCUGUGGGACAAGAAGACCAGCAUCUUCAUCAACCUCAGCCCCCAGUUCAAGAGCAGGGUCUGUGGCCUGUGCGGGAACUUCGAUGACAUUGCCGUCAACGACUUUGCCACACGGAGCCAGUCUGUGGUGGGGGACGUGCUGGAGUUCGGGAACAGCUGGAAGCUCUCUCCGUCCUGCCCAGAUGCCCUGGCAGCCAAGGACCCCUGCACGGCCAACCCCUUCCGCAAGUCCUGGGCCCAGAAGCAGUGCAGCAUCCUCCACGGCCCCACCUUUGCCGCCUGCCACGCACACGUGGAGCCAGCCAGGUACUACGAGGCCUGUGUGAACGACGCAUGUGCCUGCGACUCAGGGGGUGACUGCGAGUGUUUCUGCACGGCUGUGGCUGCCUACGCCCAGGCCUGCCGUGAAGCGGGCCUGUGUGUGUCCUGGCGGACCCCGAGCAUCUGCCCUCUGUUCUGUGACUACUACAACCCGGAAGGCCAGUGCGAGUGGCACUACCAGCCCUGCGGGGUGCCCUGCCUGCGGACCUGCCGGAACCCUCGCGGAGACUGCCCGCAGGACGUCCGGGGCCUGGAAGGCUGCUACCCCAAGUGCCCACCAGAGGCUCCCAUCUUUGAUGAGGACAAGAUGCAGUGUGUGGCCACCUGCCCAACCCCACCUCCGCCACCACCGUGCCACGUCCAUGGGAAGUCCUACCGGCCAGGCGCAGUGGUGCCCUCAGACAAGAACUGCCACUCCUGCCUUUGCACCGAGCGCGGCGUGGAGUGCACCUACGAAGCUGAGGCCUGUGUCUGCACCUACGACGGACAGCGCUUCCACCCAGGGGACGUCAUCUACCACACGACGGAUGGCACGGGUGGCUGCAUCUCUGCCCGCUGCGGGGCCAACGGCACCAUUGAGAGGAGGGUCUACCCCUGCAGCCCCACCACCCCCGUCCCCCCAACCACCUUCUCCUUCUCCACACCCCCGCUCGUCGUGAGCUCCACGCACGCCUCCAGCCCUGUCCCGAGCAGCGCGCACACAGGCCCUCCAAGCAGCGCCUGGCCCACCACAGCAGGCACUUCUCCCAGGACGACUCCGCCCACAGCCUCUGCCUCGCUGCCACCGGUCUGUGGGGAAGAGUGCCUGUGGUCACCUUGGAUGGACGUUAGCCGCCCUGGACGGGGCAUGGACAGCGGUGACUUUGACACGCUGAAGAACCUCCGCGCCCAUGGGUACCUGGUGUGCGAAUCACCCAGGUCGGUGGAGUGCCGAGCUGAGGACGCCCCCAGAGUGCCGCUCCGAGCCCUGGGGCAGCGUGUGCAGUGCAGCCCGGACGUGGGGCUGACCUGUCGUAACAGGGAGCAAGCAUCGGGGCUCUGCUACAACCACCAGAUCAGGGUCCUGUGUUGCACGCCCCUAGCCUGCUCCACCUCUAGCAGUUCAACCCAGACCACUCCUCCAACAACCUCCAAGACCACUGAAACCCGGGCCUCAGCCUCCUCAGUCCCCAGCAGCACACCUGGCCCCGUGUCUCUCUCUACGUCCAGGACAGCACCUGCCCCAGGUACCACUACAUCUGUCAAAAGAACUUUCUCAACUCCCAGCCCUCCGCCAGUGCCAGCGACAUCAACAUCAUCCGUGUCGACCACCGCCCCGGGGACCUCUGUGGUCUCCAGCAAGCCCAGCCACACCGAGUCCAUCACACCCUCCUGUGUACACGAGCUUUGCACCUGGACCGAGUGGAUCGACGGCAGCUACCCUCAUCCCGGAAUAAAUGGCGGAGAUUUUGACACAUUUCAAAAUUUGAGAGACGAAGGAUACAAAUUCUGUGAAAAUCCUCGAAGCGUGGAGUGCCGGGCAGUGGGCUUCCCCAACACGCCACUGGCAGACCUGGGGCAGGACGUCAUCUGUAGCCGCACGGAGGGGCUGAUUUGCCUGAACAAGAAUCAGCUCCCACCCAUCUGCUACAACUACGAGAUCCGCAUCCAGUGUUGCAAGACGGUGAACAAGUGCAGAGACGGCACCAGAACGCUGAAGACCAUCACAACUACACGGCCGACUCCACACCCAACUGGAGCUCAGACCCAGACCACCUUCGCCACACACGUGCCCUCAGCCUCCACGGAGCAACCCACAGCCACCUCCAGGGGUGGGUCCACAGCAACCAGCGUCACACAGGACACCCACAGCAGAUCGGUCACCAGAGAUUGUCAUCCCCAGUGCACCUGGACCAAGUGGUUCGACGUGGACUUCCCGUCCCCUGGACCCCACGGCGGAGAUGAGGAAACCUACAACAACAUCAUCAGAAGCGGGGAAAAAAUCUGCCGCCAACCUGAGGAGAUCACCAGGCUCCAGUGCCGAGCUGCGAGCCACCCGGAGGUGAGCAUCGAACACCUGGGCCAGGUGGUGCAGUGCAGCCGCGAAGAGGGCCUGGUGUGCCGGAACCAGGACCAGCAGGAACCCUUCAAGAUGUGCCUCAACUACGAGGUGCGCGUGCUCUGCUGUGAGACCCCCAAAGGCUGCCCUGUGAUGUCCACACCUGUCACAGCUCCCAGCACCCCAAGUGGGAGAGCCACCAGUCCAACUCAGAGCACCUCCUCUUGGCAGAAACCCAGGACAACCACUUUGGUGACAAUUAGCACAACCUCCACUCCACAGACCAGUACAAUCUCUACCCCUACAACCAGCAUGACCUCUGCUCCUACACCCCAAACAACCUCUGCUCUGACAACCAGCACAACCUCAGCUCCUACAACUAGCACAUCCUCGGCUCCUACAACCAGCACAACCUCUGCCCCUACAACCAACACGACCUCUGCUCCUACACCCAGAACAACCUCUGCUCCGACAAAAAGCACAACCUGCACUCGAAAGACCAGCACAACCUCUGCCCCUACAACCAGAGAACGCUGAAGACCAUCACAACCACACGGCCGACUCCACACCCAGCUGAGCUCAGACUCCAGACCACCUUCGCCACACACGUGCCCUCAGCUCUCCACGGAGCAACCCACAGCCACCUCCAGGGACACCCACAGCAGAUCGGUCACCAGAGAUUGUCAUCCCCAGUGCACCUGGAAGUGGUUCGACGCGGACUUCCCCGCCCCCUGACCCCACGGCGGAGAUGAGGAAACUCACAACAACAUCAGAAGCGGGAAACCCAAGCGCCAACCUGAGGAGAUCACCAGGCUCCGUGCUGAGCUGCGAGCCACCCGGGAGGUGAGCAUCGAACACCUGGGCCAGGUGGUGCAGUGCAGCCGGGAGGGCCUGUGUGCCGUGGAACUAGACCAGCAGGAACCCUUCAAGAUGUGCCUCAACUACGAGGUGCGCGUGCUCUGCUGUGAGACCCCAAAGGCUGCCCCUGUGAUGUCCACACCUGUCACAGCUCCCAGCACCCCAAGUGGAGAGCCAAUGUCCAACUCAGAGAGCACCUCCUCUUUGGCAGAAAAACCCAGGACAACCACUUUCACAACCUACACUCGGAAGACCAGCACAACCUCUACCCUGCAAACCAGCACGACCUCUGCUCCCACACCCAGAACAUCUGCUCCCAAGCACAACCACUGCUUCUACAACCAGCACAACCUCUGGUCCUGGAACUACUCCCAGCCCAGUUCCAACCACCAGCACAACCUCUGCUCCUACAACCAGCACCAGCUCUGCUCCUACAACCAGCACCAGUUCUGCUCCUACAACCAGCACAACCUCUACACAACCUCUGCUCCUACAGCCAGAACAACCUCUGCCCACAAGCAGCACAGCCUCUGCCACCACAACCAGCACAACCUCUGGUCCUGGGACUACUACCAGCCCUGUUCCUACCACCAGCACAACCUCUGCUUCUACAACCAGUACAACCUCUGCCCCUACAAGCAGCAUAAUCUCUGCUCCUACAACCAGGACAACCUCUACUACCUCUGCCGCUACAACCAGCACAACCUCUGCUUCUACAACCAGCACAACCUCUACACAACCUCUGGUCCUGGGUUACUCUCCCAGCCCUGUUCUAACACCACCGGUGGCUUAUGUUCCUACAACCAGCACCACCAGCUCUGCUCCUACAGCCAGUACCAGUUCUGUUCCUACACACCACCAGCUCUUAUCCUACAACCAACGCAGUUCUGCUCCUACAACCAGCUACAACCUCUAGUCUGGAACUACUCCCAGCCUUGUUCCCACCACCAGCACAACUUCUGCUCCUACAGCAAGUCACAACCUCUGCUUCUACAACUGAACAAGACCCAGUACUUCCAGCCCAGUUCUACCACCAGAACAACCUCUCUGCUCCUAGAACCAGCACCAGCUCCUCCUACAACUAGCACCAGUUCUCCCUACAACCAGCAGAGCCUCUAUUCUAGAAGUACUCCCAGCCUGUUCCCACCACCAGCACAGCCUCUGCUCCUACAACCAGAGCUUCAACCUCUUGCCCCCUACAAGCAGCACAACAUCUGCAGCCUCGACCAGCACAACCUCUGGUCCUGGAAACAUGUCCCAGCCUGUUCCUACACAGCUUCAGCAAAACCUCACUUCUACAACCAGCACAACCUCUGGUCCUGGAACUACUCCCAGCCCGGUUCCUACCACCAGCAACCUCUCUGCUCCUACAGCCAGCACCAGCUCUGCUCCUACGACCAGCACAACCUCCAGUCCUGGAACUAUUCCCAGCCCUAUUCCCACCACCAGCACGACCUCUGCUCCUACUACCAGCACAACCUCUGCUUCUACAACCAGCACAACCUCUGGUCCUGGAACUACCCCAAGCCCUGUUCCUACCACCAACAAAGCCUCUUCUCCUCCAACCAGCACAACCUCUGCUCCUCCAACCAGCACAACCUCUGCUACUACAACCAAUUACAAUCCUCACAACCUCUGCUAACCAGAACAACCUCUCUGCCCUACAAGCAACAAAACCUCUGCUGCUACAACCAGUACAACCUCUGGUCCCGAAACUACUUCCAGCCCUGUUCCUACUACCAGUACAACCUCUGCUUCCACAACAGCCAGCACUACCUCUGCACCGGCUUCUUAUUCUGCCAGCAGCACAACCUCUGGUCCUGGAACGACUCCCAGCCCUGCUCCCACCACCAGCACGACCUCUGCUCCUACAACCAGCACAACCUCUGCCACUACAACCAGCACAACCUCUGUACAACCUCUGGUCCUGGAAACUACUUCCAGCCCUGUUCCUACUACCAGUACAACCUCUGCUUCUACAACCAGCACAACCUCUGGUCCUGGACACAACCUCUGCUCUCCAACCAGCACAACCUCUGCUACUACAACCAGCACAACCUCUGCUACUACAACCAGUACAAUCCCUCCCUGUUCCCACCUGCCCAGCACAACCUCUGCUCCUACAACCAGCAAAACCUCUGCUUCUACAACCAGCAGAACCUUUGGUCCUGGAGUUACUCCAGCCCUCACAACUUCUGCUUCUACCAGCAGCACAACCUCUGGUCCUGGAACGACUCCCAGCCCUGCUCCCACCACCAGCACAACCUCUGCUCCUACAACCAGCACACAACCUCUCUGCUAUUACAACCCAGCCCAACUCUCUGCCCCUACAAGCAGCACAACCUCCACUCCACAGACCAGCAUAACCUCUGUUCCUACAACCAGCACAACUUCUGGUCCUGGAAUUACCAGAGAGCUGUCAUCCCCAGUGCACCUGGACCAAGUGGUUCGACGUGCUUCCAUCCCCUGGACCCCACGGUGCAGAGUGAAACCUACAACAACAUCAUCAGAAGUGGUGCAGUGCAACACAUGAAGAGGGCCUGGUGUGCGGAACCAGGACCAGACCUCUGGUCCUGGAACUACUCCCAGCCCUGUUCCUACCACCAGCACUAUCUCUGCUCCUACAACCAGCACAACCUCAGCUCCUACAAUGAGCACAUCCUCAGCUCCUACAACCAGCACAACUUCUUCCCCUACAACCAGCACAACCUCCACUCCACAGACCAGCACAUCCUCUGCCACUGCAAGCAGCACAACCUCUGCCCCUACAAGCAGCACAACCUCUGCCCCUACAACCAGCACAACCUCUGCUCCUACAACCAGCACAACUUUUACCCCUACAACCAGCACAACCUCUGCUCCUACACACAGAACAACCUCUGUUCCUACAACCACCACUAUCUCGGCUCCUACAACCACCACAUCCUCAGCUCCUAUAACCAGCACUACUUCUGCCCCUACAAGCAGCACAACCUCGGCUCCUACAACCAGCACAACCUCUGCUCCUACAACCAGCACACCCUCCAGUCCUGGAACUACUCCCAGCCCUUUACCAGUGACUGUCAUCCCCAGUGCACCUGGACCAAGUGGUUCGACGUGCACUUCCCAUCCCCUGGACCCCACGGUGGAGAUGAGGAAACCUACAACAACAUCAUCAGAAGUGGGGAAAAAAUCUGCCACCAACCUGAGGAGAUCACCAGGCUCCAGUGCCGAGCUGCGAGCCACCCGGAGGUGAGCAUCGAACACCUGGGCCAGGUGGUGCAGUGCAGCCGCGAAGAGGGCCUGGUGUGCCGGAACCAGGACCAGCAAAGACCCUUCAAGAUGUGCCUCAACUACGAGGUGCGCGUGCUCUGCUGCGAGAUCCCCAAAGGCUGCCCGGUGACUGCUGUGACCCCAUACGGGACUUCUACCAAUACCCUGUAUCCUUCCCUGUCUACCUCCGUGGCAUCCACCUCUGUGGCAUCCAGCUCUGUGGCAUCCAGCUCUGUGGCCUCCAGCUCUGUGGCUUACUCCACCCCAACCUGCUUCUGCAACGUAACUGACCGGCUCUACCCCAUGGGAUCCACCAUAUACCGCCACAGAGACCUCGCCGGCCACUGCUAUUAUGCCCUGUGCAGCCAGGACUGCCAAGUGAAAGGUGAGACCUGGGCCACGCCCAACUGCUCUGAGGCCACCUGUGAGGGCAACAACAUCAUCUCCCUGCGCCCGCGAACGUGCCCGAGGGUGGAGAAACCCACCUGUGCCAAUGGCUACCCGGCCCUGAAGGUGGCCGACCAGGACGGCUGCUGCUAUCACUACCAGUGCCAGUGUGUGUGCAGCGGCUGGGGUGAUCCCCACUACAUCACCUUUGACGGCACCUACUACACCUUCCUGGACAACUGCACGUACGUGCUGGUGCAGCAGAUCGUGCCCGUGUACGGCCACUUCCGCGUGCUGGUGGACAACGACUUCUGCGGCGCGGAGGAUGGGCUUUCCUGCCCGAAGUCCGUCAUCCUGGAGUACCAGCAGGACCGCGUGGUGCUGACCCUGGCUGACCGCCUGCCCGCCCGCCCGCCUUCUAUCUUCCCGUCGACUGCACCCCGCGUCCAGAUCAUCUUCAACAACAAGGUAGUCAGCCCUGGCUUCCGGAAAAACGGCAUCGUGGUUUCGCGCGUCGGCAUCAAGAUGUAUGCGACCAUCCCGGCACUGGGCGUCCAGGUCAUGUUCUCCGGCCUCAUCUUCUCGGUGGAGGUGCCCUUCAGCAAGUUUGCCAACAACACCGAGGGCCAGUGCGGCACUUGCACCAACGACCUGAAGGAUGAGUGCCGCACGCCUGGGGGCACGGUGGUCGCUUCCUGCUCUGAGAUGUCUGGCCUCUGGAAUGUCAGCAUCCCCAACCAGCCAGCCUGCCACGGGCCUCGCCCGCUGCCCACCACGGUCGGGCCCACGACAGUUGGAUCCACCACGGUCGGGCCCACGACCCCGCCUGCUCCGUGCCCGCCAUCGUCCAUCUGCCGGCUGAUUCUGAGCAAGGUCUUUGAGCCGUGCCACGCCGUGAUCCCGCCACUGCCAUUCUAUGAGGGCUGCACUUUCGACCAGUGCCACAGGACCGACCUGGACACGGUGUGCUCCAGCCUGGAGCUGUACGCGGCGCUCUGCGCGUCCCAAGACGUCUGCAUCGACUGGAGAGGCCGGACCAACCACAUGUGCCCUUUCACCUGCCCAGCCGACAAGGUGUACCAGCCCUGCGGCCCGAGCAACCCCUCCUACUGCUAUGGGAACGACAGCGCCAGCCUCGGGGCCCUGCCGGAGGCCGGCCCCAUCACCGAAGGCUGCUUCUGUCCGGAGGGCAUGACCUUCUUCAGCACCAGUGCCCAAGUCUGCGUGCCCACGGGCUGCCCCAGGUGUCUGGGGCCCCACGGAGAGCCGGUGAAGGUGGGCCACACCGUCGGCAGGGACUGCCAGGAGUGUACGUGUGAGGCGGCCACGUGGACGCUGACCUGCCGACCCAAGCUCUGCCCGCUGCCCCCUGCCUGCCCCCUGCCCGGCUUCGUGCCUGUGCCUGCAGCCCCACAGGCCGGCCAGUGCUGCCCCCAGUACAACUGCGCCUGCAACACCAGCCACUGCCCUGCACCCGUGGACUGUCCUGAGGGUGCCCAUGCGAUCCUGACCCACGAGGAGGGGGACUGCUGCCCGGUCCAAAACUGCAACUGGACAGAGUGCAGCAUCAACGGGACCUUGUACCAGCCUGGCGCCGUGGUGUCCUCGAGCCUGUGUGAAACCUGCAGGUGUGAGCUGCCUGGCGGCCCCCUGUCGGACACGUUUGUGGUCAGUUGUGAGGCCCAGAUCUGCAACUCACACUGCCCUGUGGGCUUUGAGUACCAGGAGCAGAGCGGGCAGUGCUGUGGCACCUGUGUGCAGGUCGCCUGUGUCACCAACACCAGCGGGAGCUCCGCCCACCUCUUCUAUCCCGGCGAGACCUGGUCAGACCCCGGGAACCACUGUGUCACCUAUGAGUGUGAGAAGCACUUGGACGGGCUCGUGGUGGUCACCACGAAGAAGGCGUGCCCCCCGCUCAGCUGUUCUCUGGACGAGGCCCGCAUGAGCAAGGACGGCUGCUGUCGCUUCUGCCCGCCGCCCCCGCUCCCACCCCAGUACCAGAACCAGUCGACCUGUGCUGUGUACCACAGGAGUCAGAUCAUCCAGCAGCAGGGCUGCAACUCCUCGGAGCCCGUGCGCCUGGCUUACUGCCGGGGGAACUGUGGGGACAGCUCUUCCAUGUACUCGUUCGAGGGCAACAUGGUGGAGCACAGGUGCCAGUGCUGCCAGGAGCUGCGGACCUCGCUGAGGAAUGUGACCCUGCACUGCGCCGACGGCUCCAGCCGGACCUUCAGCUUCACCGAGGUGGAACAGUGCGGCUGCAUGGGCCGGCGGUGCCCCGCGCCGGGCAACACCCAGCACUCGGAGGAGAUGGGACCCGAGCAGAGCCAGGAGGCGGGGAGUGGGGGCUGGGAGAGAGGCACCCCGGUGUCCCCCAUCCACUGACCAGCACCGCCGCCCUCCUGACCCCCAAGGAGGACCUCCCAUAUGUCCUCCGAGUUUGGCUUCCAAGGCCAGUGGAACUUGUGCCCUCAUCCAGGCAGCUGCAGCUUUGAACACACUGUCCACGCCCGCUUUCUUGUGGAGGGUGUGGGCUGUGGGUCACCCACUGCCUGGAGGAGGGGCCCUUACCCGCCCCGCCUGCAGCCACCUCUCAGGACCAGCCCAGGGCCGGUGGGGCUCCUCUGGCCAUGCGUCCAGUCUGCUGUUCUCGGGACUUGAGUAUCACCUGAGGGUCUCAGCAACGAUGCUUGGAUGUGGUGAUAGGCUGCCCAGUGGCUGCAGGAGGAAAAGCCUCACUCCUACCUCAGCCCUCAGCCUGCACCCCCCUCCUCAGGACAUGGCCAAUCUGUUGCAUAAAUACACUUGAGCAUUUUGCAA